CGGUCAGAAGGGGAGAGAGACAGAGAGAGAGGGGUUAUUCAGAGGGAAUGACGGCGACUGACAAAAGGAACAACUGUCUAUCGCUCUCGCUCGCUCCGGCCUCCGUGCCUCCGUCGGACCGUCGCUGACUCGCUCGCCGCCUCGGCCACGACGGCUCGCCUCCCCUCGCCCUCGGUCGGUCGUUGCUCGCGGCUCGCCCUCGCCGGCUCUCCCAUCGGUCGCUCGCCCUCGCCGGCUCUCCCCUCGGUCGCUCGCCUCGCUCUCGCUCCCUGCCUCUCUCGACUAUCUCGCUCCGUCGCUCGCUGGCGUCGCCGCCUCGGCCUCGGCCUCGCCGGAUCGCCCCUCCGGCCCUCCGUCGCUCGCUGCCUCUCUGGCUCUCUGUUGCUCGCUCGCCUAAACCCCUGCUUCACGUAAUCAGUGAGCAGUAACGACGCCCUCACUGGAAAAUUUUCCUGGCUCCGCCCCUGCCCAACACCCCCGACACGACACGACACGACACGACACCAGGAGGCGGUGACGGAUCAGUGCAACGUCUGCUACUUUUUGACACGAGAAAAACCCACUAAGAGUUCUUUUUGAGGUCAGGAAUCUCCUCGAGGGCACAGCUAUAUACCAUUUGGUGAAACAUCAUGGACAAGCAGGAAUUGCUCCCUUUGGAAGUUGGACAAUUUGCUGAGUCAAGAUCUUUCCAGAUUGGAUUCCGAAGUGCAUGGUUCCGGUGCAAGAUUAAAGAGAUUAUCUGCAGACGAGGGCACAUUGUGUAUGCCUUGGAAUUCUUUGAUUAUCCAGACGAAAAAGUAACAUGGACCAGAAUUUACCAAAUGCCCCGUACUUGUAAGAAGUCAAAGGAGAUGAAAAGGCAUUUGAUGGUGCGGCCGCAAUAUCCACCUAUUUACCAUGAAAGUCAAGCUCCUCGUGAUAAUACAUCAGAAGUAAAAGUUGUCAUCAAUGGUGAUUGGAGGGUGGGGGAUUUGGUGGAUUGGUGGUGUAAUGGUUGUUAUUGGUCAGGAAGAGUGACUCAGCUUAUCGGCAAGGAUAAGGUUCAGAUUGACUUGCCUCCUCCCCCGAUCGGUGAAGGAAAAUCAUAUGAAGUUUUCUGUAAGGACCUACGCCCGUCUUUGGUUUGGUCUCCAGAACACAGUUGGAGUGUUCCCACAUCUAAGGAAGGAGAAACUUCUUGCCAUUGUGCUCAGCUAAUUAAACCACUGAAUCAAGCUGCAGCAAGUCUUCCAAAUUUGAAGAUAGAUGCAGUGGGUGAAGAAACAGAGGACACUCAGGCUACAGCUGGAUCACCAUUUGAUCCUUCAGUUUCGUCUCCAAUUUCAGCUCACUCAGAGGAGUCCCCUGGACAACCUUUGAUCAGUCGUAUUCCGGAGGGAGAGCCCGGAAGUCCUGAAGCAAAUAUGGAUGGCAGUGUCAUUGGAAAGAUUCCUUGCUCUGAUAGUGUCUCCAUUUCAGAUUUUAGUGAUGCUUCAUCUGAAACUGCAGGGAAUAAAGACCAGAAUUGCAGUAGGUGCUUCAAGAAGAUGAGAACUAGUGGAAGUAUUUCUUUAAAUUCUAUGCAUUCUGACUCGCUUGAAGCCUCAAUUUUGGAUUUGGAGGAACUUGUUAACAAGGUUAAAUGGUUAAGGAACAUAUUAGAAUCUGAUGUUCCUUUGCCAAAUGCUGGGAGGCUUCCGUGGAGGUUUAUAGAGCAUCGUGCAUCUUCUGUGCCAAAAUGACUGGUCGGGAUGUGCUUUUUGGACGACUGACUUACGAAUUACCACAACCGAAGCGAAGUUAACUUUGGUAUUCCAGCAAGAUCUUGGAUCUUCCGUCUUCAGUCAAGCAAGGGAUGUUUCUGCUGUACUUAACAUCACUAAUAUUGCUCAAACUGUCUUAUAGGAUGCCCCAAUCUGAUGAAUGAGGAGGUUGGUAGUGAGAGAUAAGAUAGUGUAUGGCAAGGUAUGUUUUGUUCUGAAAAGCAGAGCCCAAUUGCAAGAGACAUCACAAUUUCGAACGCAUGACAAGGCUCCAUUUUGGCCUGGUUUUAGCUUUAUUUGUUGUGCUACAAACAAACAUCCUUGUACAAAAUUUCUUGCUUCUUGGUUUUAGGGAAAGCCAAAACUGGUAUUGGAAACUUAUAAAUAUAUAUACAUAGAUACAUAUUAAUAGGCACACUAUUUUUUGAAGUGUGAAUUGGAUAAA